GCAGCCGCUGGACAGCCCCCAGGUGCCGCCGCGUGCUGCGCCCGCUAUUCCCAGCAGGUCGGAGCGAGCGGGCAUGGCGGACGCUGCGUCCAGCCGAGUGGCGGGCACGAUCCUGCCCGCGCCCACGCUGGCCAAUGGAGGCUUCCCGCCGCACCUGAAGGUGAUCCGCCAGCUCGGCUCGGGGUCCUACGGCUCGGUGCACCUGUGCGAGGACACGCGCACUGGCAACCAGGUGGCCGUGAAGCACGUGAAGAAGGCCCCGUCGCACGGCAAGAGCAUGCUGCGGGAGAUCAAGCUGCUAGCCCGCCUGCGACACGACAACCUGCUGUGCCUGCUGGACCUCCCGGCGGUGCCCUCGAGAGACUUCGAGGACAUCUUCCUGGUGUUGCCGUACAUGCCCGCGGACCUCCACAAGGUCAUUCAUUCCAAGAGCCAGAGCCUGAGCGACAAGCACGUACAGGUCAUCAUCACGCAGAUCCUCCGGGCCUUGGAACACCUGCACGCUGCUGGCGUCGCUCACCGUGACCUGAAGCCCGCGAACGUGCUGAUCUCGCACGACUGCAAGGUGAAGAUCUGCGAUUUCGGCCUGGCGCGCGGGGACAUGCAGCUGGACGCGGAGGCGGACGAGCCCGACCAGGUACAGGGCGUCCUCACCGAGUACGUGGUCACACGAUGGUACCGCGCACCCGAGGUCAUGCUGCUGCCGAAGCAGUACACCUCCGCCGUGGACGUCUGGUCCGUCGGGUGCAUCCUCGGCGAGAUCUUGCUCCGCAAGGCGAUGUUCCAGGGCAAGAACCAUGUUGACAUGGUCUGCAAGUUUGCGGAGACCCUCGGCACGCCGUCCGAGAAUGAACUCGAGUGGCUCCCGCAAGACACGGACGCUUAUCGCUUUGUCAAGAAGGU